AUGUCGUAUCAGGCUGUACCGCUGAACGAUACUCUACCACCACCCUUACCACCUAAAAAUGCAGAGGCAUCGUCUUCCACGCAUCACCGCACUCCAUCGGACUCUCGCCGUUAUGGACCACGAGUAUCUGCCCAGCCCGUUCCACCAACCACAUCCCUCUUGCCCCCGUCCGAGACGUCCUCGGGAGCGGGAGCACCCAUAGAGGGAGGAGAUCAGAGACCGUGGGGAAUAGGUGAACAUGUUGGAUAUGCUGCGUUUGAUGGAAGUCCAGAGGCGGACGAUUGGCUGCAUAAUCCGGAUCCGAAGAGGGAUGGUAAGCACGACAGAGGAUCUCUAUUCACCGUCCGAGGAGCCACCAACAUCGGCUGUCUAGCUCUCCUUGCAAUAGGGAUCAUAGCUCUCUUCGCUGGAUAUCCCAUAAUAGACUUCUAUACGGGUAACGAACUGAAGACGAAUGGAGCGUACAAUCUGGGAGGUAUAAAUUCGACCGGUCAAGUUCCGUUGAUAACGAAUUUCCCACAUAUGAUUGAUGAAGACACACCUCAGGAUGCGUAUGAUAGGAAAGGAUUCGAUGGGGAGGAUUAUCAUUUGGUUUGGAGUGAUGAGUUCAACAAGGAUGGAAGGACCUUCUUUCCUGGUGAUGAUCCAUAUUGGACCGCUGUCGAUAUUCACUAUUGGCCUACAGGUGAUUUCGAAUGGUACGACCCUUCAGCAGUGACAACCAAAGACGGUAAUUUGGUAAUAACGAUGACGCAAGAACCCAUUCACGACCUCAACUUCAAAUCCGGUAUGAUCCAAUCGUGGAAUCAAUUAUGUUUCCAGUACUCCUUCUAUAUCGAAGUUCGCGUUUCGUUACCUGGUAAUAACAGAGUAGGAGGAUUUUGGCCUGGUGUCUGGACCAUGGGAAAUUUAGGGAGAGCAGGAUAUGGAGGAACGACCGAUGGACUUUGGCCAUAUACCUACGAUUCAUGCGAUAUUGGGACGUUAAAGAAUCAGACCAAUGCUGAAGGGACUGGACCUCCUGCAGCGCUGACUACAGGAAGUGAUGAUAGGAGUAUCUCAUAUCUACCUGGUCAACGUCUCUCAGCCUGUACAUGUAAAGGUGAAGAUCAUCCAGGUCCAGAUGAGUCGUACGGUCGAGGAGCACCGGAAGUAGAUAUCCUAGAAGGUCAAAUCGACUUGUCAGUCAACUUAGGAGAAUUAUCUCAGUCCUUCCAGGUCGCUCCCUUCGACGAAGCGUAUCAGUGGCUAAACUCGUCAAAAGGAGCGGAAAUCUACGAUGAUGAUAUUACCAAGUUCAACUCGUAUGUUGGAGGAAUAUACCAAGAAGCUGUCUCUGCUUUGACGCAUGUGCAGAGUAAUGGGUACUACGGAGCGGGUGGUGGAUUCGGUAUACAUGGCGUCGAGAUGUUUUCCGAUCCGAACAACAGAGACAAUGGUCAUAUCACCUGGGUAGCCGAUGGAGCUAAGACAUGGACCGUCUUUCCUCCUGCUGUUGGGCCUUCGCCUUCGAUGCAGAUUGGCCAGAGGAUUAUACCUGAGGAGCCCAUGUACAUGAUAGUUAACUUCGGAAUGUCCAACGGAUUCCAGGCGGUCAACUGGAAUCAGCUCGAAUGGCCUGCAACGAUGUUAGUAGAUUACGUCAGAGUGUAUCAAAGGGAAGAAGGCAGAAUAGGCUGUGAUCCUGCGGAUAGACCUACUGCAGACUACAUCGCGAGACACAUGGAUGUGUAUACCAAUGCGAAUGUCACUACGUGGGCUCAGGCGGAUCUGACUUUUCCUAAAAACAAUUUGAUCGACACUUGUUAA